AUGGCGGAAGAAGGCUCGGGUAAUUUUUUUGUUAAGCAUUCCCCCUUAUUUAAAUGAAAUUAAUGGCUUGAAUUUAAUUUUUAUCUAUUUGAAUUAUCGGCUUAUUAAAAAAGUAGCAUUUUAUUUUAGCGGUGGAUGCAGAGGAUAAGUUGGAGACAGAACCGGACCCUUGUCGGUCCAAAUGUUGUCCUGAAACUUUUGUCGAAAAAGAAACUGAAAAUACGAAUGAAAAGUCCAAGGAGGAUUUUAGCGUCGAGGAGAAAGAAAAAGACACGACAGAAGAAGAGCACGCUUCGUCCAGUAGGGAAACUGCGAGUUUUCGUGUUGUUUGGAACAAGAAAAACUAUGAGGUCACUUUUCCUGUGGAUGAAACAGUUGAUAGUCUCAAACAACACAUAGAGAAGCUCACAGGUUUGGAAAGGAAAAGAUUGAUCAGUUUUGCUCUAAAGAAUCUGCACAAGAUAACAAGUGUAAAUAUAGAAUCAGGCAACUCUCAGUCCUUGCCAUGCACUUUACAGUUUGGUUAGUCAUGUCAAGUCACCCAGGUCAAGACUAAAUAAUAAAAAUACUGAACCGCUUGACAAAAAUUAUCACUUGAAAGACACGAUUUAAAAACACAUCCCAAAAUAAGUUUUAAUGGUAUGUGCUAUGAUUCCUACCCCUGUGUCCAGAAGUCAGCAUAUUUUUUAAAAAAUAGCUUGCUGGAGAUAAAUAUUUACCCUCCCAGAAGAAUAAAACUUUGGGAUCAAGGAGCACAUACCACUUUCUUGUUCAUGUUUCUUGAGGAGGAGGGCUCUAAGCCCUAAAUCUGGUUCCAUCUCCUCACACAGGGAAAAAGCCACAAUUGUGAGGAGGCAGUUAGUUUCUAAAGAGACCAAUUUAUUGCACUGGUGAGCAAGUGUAAGAAUUAGUUGGUGUCCAAAGAGGGGCAAAUGAUUAAAACCUUCAAUGUACAGAGCAGUUUUUCUACCUCUCUCAACUAUUACCUAUAUCCAAAGAAGAGCUCUAAGGAGCUAAUCUUAGCAAUAGAUAGGGAUGUUAGUAAGAAUGGAAAUCCAAAAUUCAAUCUCUCUACCUUCUGUUCCUUUUCAGCAGACCCAUUGGUAGUUUUUUGUUUGGCUGUGUUAUAUGAUUGAGGUUUAACUUUAUGAAUCAAUGUGUUUUUGUGUCUUUCAAUCACAGGUUUACCAGUUUCAAUGCAAAAGCUGAUGUACAAAGGUAAUGGAGAUCAAGAAAAAGUGUCUUGAUUGGUAUAUGAGUUUCUAAUUCUCUUCUACAGUUACCAACCUAUCUCUUUUAAAUUAGUAAGGAGAAAUUUGUUUUGUAUCAAGAUGACACCCUUUAGCUGUUAUUUUCUCUGUUUUCAUCAGCCAAGUUCAGGAUAAUCUCGUUAACUGGUUUAUAAAACACAUGCCAAUGAUUCCUGAGAGUUAAUAGGUCAACCAAGUACACCCUAACUUCGGAAUGCAUUUUCUCUACACUUUUCUCCAAACAUUUCCUAAAUUGCUAGCAAGGAGAAUUUGAUUGACAAAAAUCCAGAGACAGACACAAAUUAUUCCCUACCAAGAUUAAAAUUAUAUUUUAUUUGUUUUUCACCUUCAGGGCUAGUAAAGGAUGGAGGCAAAACAUUACGAGAACUUAAUGUUUCUAAUGGAGUGAAGAUGAUGGUUGUUGGCUCAACCAUUAAUGAUGUCAUGAAAGUGACACCCCCUCCUCCAGGAGCCUUAAAAGAUGACAAAUCAGGCACCUCAGGUGGGGUGGGGUGACAUGAGACAUGUUUGCGAUAUUUGUCUAUUCUCAAGACUUUUAUAUUUGAAAGUACAUCUAAAAACAGACACAACAGAUGCAAAAAUGUUCUAAGAUGAUUUUACUUUUUUUUCCUAAUAGGUUCUUCAAAGGAACCACUUAGUAAACAAAAGGUGAAAAACAGUAAAAUAUCAUUGAUUUCCUUUUAGUGGAUGAAAAAUUCCUAUUCCAUCUUUUCUUCAUGAAAUAUUCAAUCAUUCCUCUGUUUGAUUUCCUUUUUCAGGACUCAGAGGCACUAAGAAGUGAUUUCAUUUUUUUUUUCAGAUGCAUAAAAAAGUUUUAGACAAAGGAAAACCAGAUGAUGUCAUGCCUGGAUUUAAAAAUAAAAAAGUAUGGUUUUUCCAAGGAAUGAUAUGUUGAACAAUGGUUUGAGUUUGUUGGUAGGGUUAUCAUAUUUCCUCAAAUAAGCACCCUCCCACAAAUAAGCCCCCACCCACUUCACUUUCUUAAAUACCAGGGAUACAUGUUCAAGGAAAACCUGUCUCUAGUGCCACUUUAUUUACACUUUUUUAAGUUUCAACUAUAGUGGCAUCAGUACAGGUGAAUAAUAAGCUCCCCACUUAAUUUAGUGCCCUCCUUCCAAUAAGCAUCCCUCCAUUUAGCAACAAUUUUGGAAAAGUACCCGGGCACUAAAUCUUGGAAAUAUGGUGAUUGGGUUUUUUGAUUCUGGGCAAGGAUUAGAGCCAUCAUGUCUUAGAGCUAGAGGACAAUAUAUGGUCAAAUAUAGUGAAAGAGCUCAUUCAACUAAUUUUCCUAUUCAACUUGAAGCUUUGAAGGUUAUGGUUAUAAGAUAUGUACUUUACUCAUAGGAAAAGUUACCCAAUGUUCCAAUUGCUGGGAUGUAUAACAAAUAUGGAGGAAAAGUUAGAUUAACGUUCAAGCUUGAAUUGGAUCAAGUUUGGAUCGGAACAAAGGGUACGUUACUUUUACAUGUAUUAGCUUUAUGAAUGUUGACAAGAUAUUCAAAAGCUCACAAAUGGAUUUUUUAUAUUUUCACCAUGAGAUCAGUAUUAGAAAUGUGGUAUUUUAGUGAUGUUUUUUGUCUCUCUUUCAGAACGAACAGAAAAGGUACCGAUGGGAUCAAUAAAAAAUGUAGUAUCAGAACCAAUCGAGGGUCAUGACGAAUAUCAUAUGUUGGUAAGACAUCUUCACGCGAGAAAAUUACGUGAUCGCUUACCUCAAGCCGUGCAGUGAGGUAGCUCACUGAGAAAUUUAAUUUAAUAUGACCCAUUACUAAUAUUUUCCCGCGUGUGCGCGCUCUCGCAUGCGAAUGCGAUAUACGAGAAUUAAGGAAAUGAUCCCCUUCGUGAGCAGCCUUGAUUGUUAAAUAAUUUCUCCUUGUUUGUUCCAAAGAAAUGUACAGAGAAGAGUAUCGGGAAUAUUGAAACUGAUGCUAGGCUGCAAAGGGUUAUUAAUGGGGAACAUGGCAGAAGAUUUUGAGUUUCAUGGUAAAUGAGAUCGCUCCCCUGAACGAACGACCAAUCGACUCCAGUUAAGAGAACAACGUCCUUAGCGCCGCGGGGAUUUUCCUAGCAAAUAGUUUCAGUGAUGAGUUAUUUGCGUUUCGUUUUAGGCCAUUCAGCUUGGACCAACGGAGGCAUCUCGAUACUGGAUCUACUGGGUUCCUGCACAAUACGUGGACGCCAUUAAAGACACUAUUCUCGGCAAAUGGCAGCCAUUCUAGACAGUCAUAAACACAGUGUCGCUACUGUGGUGUCAGCUUAAAUACUGCAUCAUUCAAGGGUUCAGUGUUCAACAGACUGGAGAGACGUUCAAAGCUGGCCCAAACAUGAUGUCGUUGGAUUAAGUUGAAAUCCUUUUUUUUGCAGCUCAAGAUGGUAUUAAACAUUUCUGCGUACUUUUGCUGCUCUAACGACGGGAACCUAUUGACUUCGAUUCGAUCUUCUUUUUGCGGUACCCGAGAUGCUAUUUUUUUAAUCUUCAACCUUAACCCUUUAACUCCCAAAAGUGAUUAACAUGUAACUUCUCACUAUUAUUUCAAUGCAUUAUCCAGCAAACAGCUAAAGAGGAUACUCAAACUUAUCAGGUUAAAGUUGUUAUCUUGAAUUAACGUUAAAUUGUCGUAACCAAUUUAUCAGGAAAUGUGUAGCAGAUAGAGGGGAGAAUUAACAAUCAGAUCUUGGGAGUUAAAGGUGUUCUGGAAUUGACAGUGGUUAUGUGAUUUCUAAUUCUUCUUUGAAGUAAAUUCUCCAUUUUUUCCCCCACCGUUUCGGGUAUUGCCAAGCGUGAUUGUGAUGUGCCAAAUGGAUUACGAAGCGUUCACUGACACGAAGAAAAUUGAAUUACAGCGAAGGUCACUUUGAUCUUUCUGUCAGAUGACAGGUUAAAACUGUUAAGGGUUUGUACUGCUGAAGUAAUUACCCUGGCUAUUUUCAGCUUCUAUUUCAGCCUUGGGAAUCGGUGCUUGUUCUCCUCCUCCACUCCCGCAAGUUUGUUCCAUGUGAUCAGUAACUCAUUUUUCUUGAGGGAGGCUAGGACUGAUGUUGGCUGAACGCCUCUGGUUGAUAAGUGGUUAUCCUGAAAAUUGAUACAAAAAUCUGAAAUUUUCCAUCUUAGAAACCUUUAUUUUAAAUGUAGAGCAGCAUCAGGAAGCCGAAAUGAAGCCAAGAUCAGUUCUUCGUUAUUGUUUGCCGUGGUAAUGUUUCCUUUUUAGCGCUGAGCUGAAGAGCUUCAAGAAAAUUAGAUUAAAGAUCUAUUUAAAUUAAAAUAUUUUAUC